GCGGAGCAUUCUGGGCCUUACAGUAGAUCAUAUAACAAUAGCGAUCACUGGCUCUAUGAAAAAUACAAUACAUCUUAACGAGUUUUGCUUGUAUGUUUCGAAGUCCUUAUAGUUAUAGUGAAAAAUAAGGCAUAUCUGGAAUAUAAGUGAAAAUAAUGUUUUGAAUUUGAUUCAGGAGUUGCGACUUAGUAAACCUGGAAUUUGAACGUCCUUGUUUAUUUGGAAUGGUAUUAAAUGCUAGCUACUAGCUAGUUAAGUUGAUUAUUUGUAACAAAUAUAAAGAUAAACAGUGCAUUUAAUAAAUGAUAUCGAGUGUCAGAUUGGAUGUGAUUAUUAUAAACAAUAGUUUUGGCUCACGUGCGUAAUAAAACUCUCUGUUUAUGUAAACUGUUGACGCACUUUUCAUUCUUGUUAUUCUUCCUGGGAAAAACCUGUAGCUAACUAUUAAUAAAAUUGUGUUUCUAGGAAGCCGAAAAGGCCGAUCUGAGGGUAAUUGUGUUGUAAAUGAGUGAUAUCGAGAUGGGUUUCUCGAUGUUAUAUUGAACUGUUUGUUAUAUAUAUCCGAGUUCACUUUGUGGAUUUUAUGUUUAUGUUCCUUGUAAAUCAUAGAAAUUCUUUGGGCAACGGACUUAAGGUGCUGGAACAGUGCGACGUAAGUCCUGUAGACUCUGGUGUAUGUAUAUGAGCUGAAAUCAGAUACGAAAUAUAAGGAUAUAGCAACGUCUAUACAGAGUUGUAUCUAUAACACGGUCGUUUUCGACAAUGAGUCGCCGAGCGAGUUUGCUCGCAAAACAAAUCCCGGAAGAAAAGAAACCAAAGGGUGUACGCUUUCCAGACGAGCUUGUCUUUCUUGACAACAUAAAAGAGAAUGACGUGCAUGCCCUUGGGUCCAUGCUAAGGAGAGCAAGUCUACAAGUGGAUAUCAGUGCAAUUAACGUCGCAGGUUUGACGCCGCUGCACCAGGCGGUUCUGGAUGGGAACGAGGCGGCCGUUCGACUGCUCGUGGCCCACGGAGCGACGGUCAACAAACAGGACGAGGAUUCUUGGACGCCGUUGCACGCCGCAUGCGCAGAGGGACACGCGGACAUAGCCAAGUUUCUACUCGAAAGUGGGGCUGAUAGGAACAUCUUGACAGACGAAGGCGAACGACCCUUGGAUCUCGUGGAACCGUCUGACCUCCCAACCAUCCGGGUCAUGCUAAGUGAUGUGAAACCAAACACUGAUAACCAAUCGGACGAUGAUUUCGAUGAUGACGUCACUCAUAAUGAUGUGAAUGGAUGACAUAGUGAUGUGCUCAAUUUUGCAAGUUUUGGUGCUAUUGUAAAUAACUAAUCAACUUGUGAAAAAUC